UCCCCAACUGUGGCGCUACCAGCAACAAUCCAUUUUACGCGAGAACAUCGCCCAUUUACACGCUCCGCGGUUUCGCGACCGCGUCUUUGGCCUAUGACAUUGGCAUGGUCCACUCUCGUCUCGCUCCAACCCCAUCCCAGCCCGGCCUUUUGGCUCCUCGGGCAACCAAACCAAGUUCUGCAAUUGAAGCCUCUUCUUUCCACCAUAACUAUUCACUUUUCGACAUGUUCUGAUCUUAUCUUAUGUCUCUGCAAGAAUUCGUCUCAUCAACUCGUGAACUGUGACCUCUUCGCCUGCAUAUAUCGUCAGACUCGGCUCCCCAGCCUCUCGCGGCUUCAACAGGCAUCGUUGCCUGCCAUGUCCUCCGAUGGCCCAGAUACUCUUCCAACGCCUGCAUCAUCGUCACGACCAAAAGGGACACCCUCGAUAACACCCCGUCGCUUUAAUCGCUUCUGGCAACCAAGACAGUUUCAGACUCAGCCGUUGCCAAAGUUUAGAACUGCUCUUGGGAGCUUGGACGAGUCUGAUACCAACCAGCAGCCCAUUUCGCCCCAAUCGCUUUUUCAUAGUGAUCCUAUUUUACCUUCUUCUCCAAGUGAUGGAUUCCAGGAUGAAUCGCGGAAGAGAAAGCUUCAGGCUGAGGCUGAGGGUGAUGAGGCUGUCUUCAAGAGACCAACACUGAACUUGGAUGAUAUGCCACCGCUUCGGUUCAAUACCACAAAUACCUCUUCCUCAACCAAUACGCUUGUCGGUUAUGAUAAUGAAAUUCAAAUGUCAGAAAGCCAGAUUAGUCUGGAGAGUCUUGAUAGCUAUAGAAAAGCUACCCUGAGCAGUUUCUUCAAGACCAGCCGUGGAGUUGCUCGAACGCCUAAAAAGUCACCCUUUCUCAUUAAUACACCCAGCAUCUCUGAGGAACCUCAACCUGUUAACGAGCUAGCCAACUACAGACCUAGACCAAUCCGAAAGUUCGCCGAUAGAGGCGUUGCCUCACAAUUACUCAACCGAGAGCAUGGACUUGGAUAUUCAACUGGUCAACUAUAUCUUCACACACCAGCAUGCGACCCUCGAACCGAGACCGCAAGGUUUCACAGCCGCUGCAUCGAUUCUUAUGAAUGUCUAACUCCUAGUGGCAGCCGUACCAUCCCCUUCUGCCUUACAAGCACUCACAAUGCCCCCGUGACGGCUGUCGGUGAUGAAGAAGGUUGUGUUAGGUUCUUCGACACUUCUCCAAACGAUGAUCCCAACGAGGAAAAGGACUUGGGUGUUUACUCGGUUCAUGACAAUGCCAUCUGGGAUAUGGACUUUUCCCAAGAUGAUAUGCGUCUUGCGACUACAGCUGGUGACGCAGCUCUGGUUAUGGAUGUUACGACCAAGUCUAUUGCUGCUAGACUUGCAGAUGGCCAUUAUAACUCGACUCGACAGAUCGCUUGGCAGAAGGGCCAAUCUAUUGGCAACGUAUUGACAACAUCAGACAAGGCUGGUCGAAUUCGCCUGUGGGAUUUGAGGUGCCCUUAUUCUCAUGUGAGAAGUUUCUCAACACUUGGUAGCAGCGAGACAGGCCGUCGAACCGUCAUUUUUCGAGAUGAGGCCAUCAGACCUUUCCAGGCCUCGACCGUGAACACUCUUGACAACACCCACGAACGUACUGCUCAUGGCAAGACCUCUCCUGCUUCGGUUACUGCAAUCCAAUGGCUUCCCGCUGGUCGUGAACAUCUUUUGCUCUCCGCUUCUGAGGCCGAAGCUGUUGUCAAGCUCUGGGAUCUUCGGUACAUCAACCGUCGCCACCAAGAAAAGAGCACACCUCUCUCAGCUACCACCGUCCCCUCCAACCACGCCUGGCGUUCGUAUGGUAUCACCUCUCUGUCUCUCAGCAGUGAUGCCGCCCGUAUGUACGCAGUGUGCAAAGAUAACACCAUCUACGCUUACUCCAUGUCUCAUCUCAUGCUUGGCCACGCUCCCGAGCUCAAAGACCUCGCCACUAAGAGGAGACCCAUCGAAGCCCAGGGCUUAGGGCCUCUUUAUGGUUUUAAGCAUGACUCUUUCGCAGCACGAACAUUUUUUGUCAAAUGCAGAAUGCGACCGAAGGGCCUCUCCCACUCGUCUGAUCUACUUGCAGUGGGUAGCUCUGAGUCUUCAGUCGUGCUCUUCCCCACAGACGAGCGAUAUCUUCGAUCUGCUUGCGCCCAGCGCGCUCACCUUCUUGACCCACCUGGAUCUGCACCUACACCCUCCCGCUCAUUCUCAUCUGCCGCGGGUGCUGAACCCACCUCCUCUACACUCCCUAUCUUCCGCAAUGGUACAGCUCUUGUCCAUGGCCAUCAACGUGAAGUUUCAAACGUCAGCUGGAGUUACGAUGGCAAAUUGGUCAGCGCGUCUGACGAUUCCAUCGUACGUCAGUGGCAGGAGGAUCAAGGUCGGGCUCGGUACUUGAGACAAAUCGGAGAUUUUGGUGGUGAGCGAUAUAUGGCGGGUUGGGCUGAUGUGGGUAGUGACUGGGAUGAUGAAGAUGAUGAGUAACGAGUUGAUAGCAUGUUGCAAAAGCGCAUGGCGUUUCUUUGAUAUUAUACGAUACCCUUCAGCCAACAUGGGCGAUUCAAACAUGUAUGUUAGUUAGCAGAGAUCUCCAGAGAGACUCGAGCACUCAAGCGGGUUCAUAAAGGGCAUUUACAGAUAGCAUUCACGAGGAAUGACAGUUUCAAAAGGUAGUAUCAACGAAUUGAAAUUACAGUAUAAUCUUGUUCAAGGAUA